AUGCUCCGAAAAAGUGUCAAUCAAGGCAAAACAAGACUGAGAGAGCCCCAGGCCAAGGUCAAGGGUGCAGUGUUUGCUGCUAUCCUGCCUUAUCACCCAUCUGCACUCUCUGCGUCGCUCUCUUUCCUCUUGGAGAAGAAAGAGACGUGCGAAGCCGGCAAUUGCAAGGAGGAGGAAGAUGACGAUGAUGAUAAUCGCGAUGGUGAUGUUGCGCUGAACCAUCUUGGGUGGGGACGAUCAACAGAUCGUGGUAGAGAGGUAAACAAUUAG